AAAUAUCUCAGCCAAUAGUACCCCACUAAUCACCUCCAUGUUCUGCGUGUUUAUGCACAACCCACACGCAACCAAAACCCAGUCUCUUCACUCUUGUUGUAUCCGCAGUCACCCCUCCUUGCUCCGCCGCUUCUUCCCACCAUCUUCUUUCUCAUUAUGCUUAUAUCCUUGCCAUUACUGUAGGAUCACUAACUAGAAAGCUCUGCUUUUUCCUUGGUCCCUGCAAAGGUAGCUUACAGCUGAUAGUUUCCUGGGGUUGAUUAGCAGAAAACUACAUAUUUCUCCAUUUAUCUGAGUCGUUCUUUUUUUUAGAGAAGUUACGGAGUUAUAAGAUAAUUAUGGGUUGCUGUUCAAAUUUUGGUGUGUCACACGUUCUUAAUGUGAGUAGAGAAGCUGUUUUGAGGAGGCUGGGAAAUCAAAGCUUAAGUUCAAAUAACUUGAGUUUCAGGAAUGUGUUAAAGUGUGCCACUUUUCCUGUCUUAUGUGGAAAUGAGUGCCGUGGGCAUGUCUCUUUGCAAAAGACAGAAAGAAUUGUGAUAAUGAGUAUGUCACAGCAACCAGCUGAGUCCCAAUUCACUGUAACUACAAUAAAUUCAGAAGGGGGAGGCGAAAAUGUUUUGGAUAAUGGGUCUGACUCUAAAACUGAUGGAUUUGACAAUAAUGGAGUCAUGUAUGAUGGUAGUGGUGGUUACGGGAGCUUUGGAAGUGGAGGUGGAGGAGGAGGAGGUGGUGGUGGUGGUGGUAAUGGUGAUGAAGAAGAGGAGGAGUUUGGGCCGGUAUUGAAAUAUGAUGAGGUAAUGAGAGAGACAGAAGCACGUGGUGCUACCCUUCCUUCAGAUAUGUUAGAGACUGCAAAGAGUGUAGGAAUUCGCGAGGUUCUUCUCCUUAGAUAUUUGGAUCUGCAGGGAUCUAUCUGGCCGCUAGGCUUUGCUAUGAAAUCAUGUUCUCUUCUACGAAAUAGAAUGCUGGCUGAUCCAUCUUUUCUGUUCAAAAUCUUUUCAGAGAUAGUCAUUGAUUCUACUUGUGCUACUGUUGCUGAAGUUCAAAAGAGAGGCAAAGAUUUUUGGUCCGAAUUUGAGUUGUAUGUUGCAGAUCUUCUGGUUGGGACGGUGGUUAAUGUUGCGUUGGUUGGUAUGUUGGCACCCUAUGUUCGAAUGGGGAGAACAUCAAUAUCUAAGGGGCUACUUGGAAGAAUGCAGCAAGCUUAUGCAUCUUUACCUAGCAGUGUAUUUGAAGCAGAAAGGCCAGGAUGUAAAUUUUCGGUACAACAGAGAAUUGGAACAUACUUCUUCAAGGGCAUACUGUAUGGAGCUGUUGGAUUUGGAUGUGGUAUUAUAGGUCAAGGCAUUGCAAAUUUGAUCAUGACUGCAAAGCGGAGCAUGAGGAAAUCAGAAGAGGACAUACCUGUGCCACCUCUUGUGAAAAGUGCAGCUCUUUGGGGUGUGUUUCUCGGUGUUUCUUCGAAUGCCAGGUAUCAGAUUGUUAAUGGAUUGGAGCGUAUAGUGGAAGCAUCUCCGAUGUCAAAGAAGGUUCCCCCAGUUGCUUUGGCAUUCACGGUUGGGGUGAGAUUUGCCAACAAUGUCUAUGGUGGCAUGCAGUUUGUUGACUGGGCUAGGUGGAGUGGAGUGCAAUAGCUGUAAUUUUAUCUUGUUCUUCAGAAUUUCAGAUGCCCUAUUUAAUUUAACCGUUAGAUUUGAAUUAGUGAGCCUUCACUAGCAUACCUGAGCUGGGAACAUUAAUAAAGCUACAACCUCUAUUCUA